UCGAGGACAGCCGUGUAGGGUGGACGUGUUUCAUUACUCCUCAUCGUUCCCGCCUUUCGUAAUACCCCGCCGAAUAUCGCCUGCAGUCGUAACGAACAAUGGAUAAAGAUAAGAAAAUGGUGUGAUGACCCAAGGUCGUCAACCACUCACCAUAAUGGACGGUAAUCCGCCGACCUGCGACUUCUCAACGAAAACAAAACGCGGGAUUUACCUAUCGAAGAGUCUCGCUUUCGUUAUCUUAGUUAUAUUUGGAUUAGCUUUAGUGGCGACUGCCUUCUUAGUGUAUAACUUCGCUGCCUGUCCGAGGACUGACCAAUUAGCUAAUGUAACGAAAUAUGAACUAACACAUUGUGAGCAACCCAAACUAUUAGUUAUCCCAUUAACUGCUGAUAAUAAAACAGUUGUAACAGAAACAACAACCGCUUUUGUUGAAACUACUACUGAAGAAAUACAAACAGUAUCAGAUGUACGCUUACCGUUGAAUGUUAAACCAGAUACUUACAAUCUCAAAUUGACUCCUUACAUCUUUGAAGGUAAUUUCACCUUCGAUGGGGAAAUCAGUAUAGUUGUAACAGUAAAGAAUGAAACGAAACAAAUCACUUUUCACGGUGUAGAUUUAAUUUAUCAUAGUAUAAAGGUAUUAAAAAAAGAAAAUGGAAAGGAAAUUAGAAUCCUAAGUAGAACGGAAGAUGUACCUCGACAAUUUCAAAUACUAUUGCUAGAAGAACCGCUCGUGGCUGGGAAGCAGUAUUAUUUAAAUAUAUCGUACACGGGGAUAUUAAACGACAAUCUUCAUGGUUUCUACAGAAGUUCGUACGAAGAGAAGAGAGUUAAACGAUGGAUAGCGGUGACACAGUUCCAAGCGACGGACGCGCGGCGUGCGUUUCCUUGCUGGGAUGAGCCGGCGCUCAAAGCUCGCUUCACCAUCAGCAUCGCACGACCAAUCAACAUGACCUCAGUAUCCAACAUGAAUAUAAUCGCCACACAGAAACAUGAAUCUCUCAAGGGUUACAUGUGGGACCACUAUGCGGAAUCUCUCCCGAUGUCAACGUAUUUAGUCGCGUUCGCGGUGACUGAUUUCGGUAAUAUGAGCGAUAAUAAUUUCUCCGUGUGGGCGAGAAAGGAAGCAUUGCCCUCUGCCGCUUAUGCCUUGGACAUAGGACCGAAGAUAUUAAAGUUCUUGGAAGAAUAUUAUAAGAUAGAAUUCCCUUUGCCUAAAAUUGACAUGAUGGCGUUGCCCGAUUUCAAAGCAGGCGCUAUGGAGAAUUGGGGACUACUAACUUUCAGGGAAAUAGCGAUGUUAUACGACGAAGGCGUAUCGCCGACAACAGCGAAGGCGAGAGUCGCGUCAGUGGUUGCUCAUGAGAUCGCACACCAGUGGUUCGGAAAUCUGGUCACCCCCGCCUGGUGGUCGGAUAUAUGGCUUAAUGAGGGAUUUGCUAGUUACGUCGAAUAUGUUGCCGUGGAUGCGGUGGAAAAGACAUGGAAAUUAAUGGAAGUGUUUGUGCUGAAUGAAGUUCAAAGUGUGUUCAAACUGGACGCAUUAACUACGUCUCAUCAGAUAUCUGUAGAAGUCGGGAAUCCAGAGGAAAUUGGUGCAAUAUUUGAUAAAAUUUCUUACGGCAAAGGGUCAGCAAUUCUUCGUAUGAUGAAUCAUUUCCUCACAGACUCCGUGUUCAACGCUGGUAUCACAGCGUACCUGAACGCGAGGAAGUUCUGUGAAGCAGAACAGAGCGACCUGUGGGGGGCGCUGACGAACGCCGCGAGGGAGAGGAAGGCGUUUGACGCUGACGUGGGUGUGGUGAUGGACUCCUGGACUUUGCAGACCGGCUUCCCAGUACUGACCAUCACUAGAGAUUAUAAAACCGGUAUUAUCCACUUUAAACAGGAGAGAUUCGCUCUGGUGAAUAUAACGACAGAAGAUCAGAAAUCUCCCGUUUGGUGGAUACCAGUAUCAUAUACGACGGCGUCGGAGAAAGAUUUCGAAUCAACGCGACCAAAACUUUGGCUGCGCGGAGAAAGAGCUAUAACUGUGAAGAAUAUCUCCGUCAGUGAAGAUGAUUGGUUCAUCGCUAAUAUACAGCAGACAGGUUUCUAUCGAGUUAACUACGAUAGACACAAUUGGAAGCUGUUAGUGAAUAUUUUGAACGAUAAAAAUCGAUUCCAAGAGAUACAUCCGAUAAAUCGAGCUCAAAUCAUCGAUGAUGCAAUGAAUCUAGCGUUAGCGGGACAUUUGGAUUACAGAACGGCGUUGGAUAUCACCAGUUACUUACAACAUGAACGAAGCUAUGUGCCAUGGAAGGCGGGUUUAGUCGCUUUGGGAUAUAUUGAUAUUAUGCUGUCAAAGGGAGCUUAUUAUCUGGAAUACAAGAAUUACGUCCUUCGUCUGGUAAGUGGUGCGGUGGAAGAGGUGGGGUGGCAGGUGUCGCCGGGGGAGAGCGUGGUGCGCGCGCAGUACCGGGCCGACCUGCUGGCGGCCGCCUGCCACCUGCAGCACCAGCACUGUCUCGAACACGCCGUCAGAUUGUACACCAACUGGAUGAUCAGCCCCAACCCUGAUGCGUACAAUGAGAUCCACGCCGACAUCCGCAGCACGGUGUACUGCGUGGGCUUGCAGACGGGAGGCGCGCGCGAGUGGGCCUUCGCCUGGCAGCGCUUCGCCGCCGCCAGCGCGCCCGCCGAGCGCGAGCUGCUGCUCUCCGUGCUCGGCUGCACCAGGGCUCCGCAUUUGUUGUACAGAUAUCUGGAGCUAUCUCUGCGCAACGACAGCGGUAUCCGCAAGCAGGACACGGUGCGCGUGUUCUCUGCGGUGUCGGGCUCCGCCAUCGGGGAGCCCAUCGCGUUCAACUUCGUACGAGCCAACUGGCGCAGGCUGAAGGAAUAUGUCGGCUCUGUGUCAACGCUUAAUUCUAUUGUUAAAGUCGUCACAAGAAGAUUGAAUCAAGCUCAUGAAUACGAAGAGUUGCAGAGGUUCGUGUCGCAGAGCGGCGGCGCGCUGGGCCGGCCGCUGCUGCAGGUGCUGGAGCGCACCGCCGCCAACGUCGCCUGGACGCAGAACAACUACCAACUCAUCAUCGAUUGGUUGUUACAAGCUGAUAGAACUACACCUCAAAUUGCUGAUUUUUGAAGAACUAUUUUGCAGAUAUUCAAUACUAUAGACGAGGCAUAGUUGUGAAACUUUAAAGAAACAACAGAUGGCGCUAGUCCGUUACUAGCGCCAUCUGUUGUUUAGGUCCUGAAAAUAAUUGUUUAACCCUUAAAAGUCUUUUUCAAAUCGAAUUACAAACCGAUAUAGUACCUUAUAAAGAAAGUACCAAUAAAUAAUAUUCAUGCCUUGUGUAUAUUUUGUCUGUCUGCAAUUUUGUAACUGAAAUCGACUAAUCUGUCUAAAAUCACGGAAUCUCUUUAAAUACUUAUUUCGUUCAAGGUUGAAAUUUAAAGUUAUACUUUUACGAAUCUUGGUCUCAAUCGUUUCUAGUUCCAGUAAUUAUUAGAAAAAUAAUAACUGAUUUCGUCAGAAUUAUUAAUUAAUAUCAAUGACGAUUUAAAAACUGACAAAAAAUCUUUCUUUAUGAGGAGUAGGUACAAAAAUAUGCUGUAUAAUGAAAACGUCAUGUCUGGUUUUUAUCAACUAUAAAGAUGCAUAUAAUAGUGGUAAUUUGUUAAGAUAAUAUCAAUUAUGUUAACUAUCUUAAGUAUUAACGCUUUGUACUUGUAAAUUGAUCGUUUAAUAAUUAUUAUUACAAUAAUUAAUAAAGGAAUCUAAAGUUGAGAAAUUAGAAGUCCGUAGAAAUAUAAAUAGUGUUUCAAAGAUAAUUAAAAAUAUGAACAAUAAGUAUAACUUAAUAAUUCUUCUGUACCUAUAACAAUCUGGUUAAGUGUACUUUUCGAAUGACAACUUAUGACACUCAGGUUAUAACAUCCAGGUAACGACGCCCAGGUUAUGACGCCCUGGUUAUGACGCCCUGGUUAUGACGCCCAGGUUAUGACGCCCUGGUUAUGACGCCCAGGUUAUGACGCCCAGGUUAUGACACUCAGGUUAUAAUACCCAGGCUAUGAUAUUCAGGUUAUGACAUCCAGGUUAUGACACUCAGGUUAUAACGCUAUGACACCAAUCUUUCUACAAACUAUUAAAACACCAAUUUCUUAAAAUUAAGUUAGUUAUUAGCAUUCUUUUUAUUAGAUUAAUGAAUAUAGGUAAUUAAAAUAUUUUUAUAUGAGCAAAUAUCUUAAUGGAAUAAUUAUUUAUUUAUGUUUGAAUAAAUUUGAUGUUAGAAUAGAAUAUUUCUGAUUCGUAAGUAAGAAAUUAUUUCUUAUUACAUGUAAUUUUGUAUGAUAAGUAUUUUUUCGUGUUCUAUAUGCUAUAUUGUCUUUUCAUAUAGUUAACUGUUAAUGCCAGUAACACACUUUCAGUGUUAACUGAACAGUGAAUCUGAAGGUGUAUAACAGGCUUAAGUGUGAACUAUAAAAUAGUCUGUAUUGAAAACCUGUUAAAAAUAUUCUAAACCAAAUCACUAGAUCUUAUAUUCUUAAUUAAAAUGUCACAUAUUUUUUCUACAAUCUAAUAUUAUUAAUGUCGUGUGAACAAAUUGUCACCUCAAUGUUUGUCGGUAAUUAAAGCUUAACUUUGAAUAUUUUU